UCUAAUUAUAUAAUCCCACGCUCUGCUUUAAUACAAAAAUUUGUGUUCGAGGUAGCCAUUGAUAUUCUGCUAAUGACUAUGGUGUUCAAAAACACAAACCAGUUAGAGGAAAGUAUGGAUUCCACUUAUGACAGGAAGGCUGAAGUGAAAGCCUUUGAUGAUUCAAAAGCUGGUGUUAAAGGUCUUGUAGAGUCUGGAUUGACAAAGAUCCCUCGCAUGUUCCAUUCUGGCAGGUUGGAUAUCAUUGAAACCUCAGUCAGUGACUCUAAGUUCGGUAUCCCCAUCAUAGACCUCCAAAAUAUCCACUCCUAUCCUGCUCUGCAUUCAGAAGUAAUUGGCAAGGUUCGAAGUGCAUGCCAUGACUGGGGAUUUUUCCAGGUGAUUAAUCAUGGAAUUCCUAUCAGUGUGUUGGAUGAGAUGAUUGAUGGAAUUCGUAGAUUUCAUGAACAAGACACUAAGGUAAGGAAAGAGUUCUACUCUCGGGAUAUAAAGAAAAAAGUUUCGUAUUAUUCUAACUAUAACUUGUACCAUGACAAUCCUGCUAAUUGGAGAGAUACAUUUGGUUUUGUUGUUGCUCCUGAUCCACCCAAACCUGAAGAAAUAUCAUCUGUGUGUAGGGAUAUUGUGAUUGAAUAUUCAAAGAAAAUAAGGGAUUUGGGUUUUACAAUCUUUGAGUUGUUGUCUGAAGCUUUGGGACUUAAUCCUUCUUACCUUAAAGAAUUUAACUGUGGUGAAGGACUCUUUAUUUUGGGUCACUACUAUCCAACAUGCCCUGAACCUGGAUUAACUAUGGGCACUACCAAGCACACAGAUAGUAACUUCAUGACUUUACUUCUACAAGACCAAAUUGGUGGUCUUCAAGUUCUUCAUCAAAAUCAAUGGGUCAAUGUUCCUCCGUUACAUGGAGCUCUUGUUGUAAACAUAGGAGAUCUUCUACAGCUUAUCACAAAUGACAAGUUUGUCAGUGUGUAUCACCGUGUCUUAUCACAGAACACAGGCCCAAGAAUAUCUGUAGCAAGCUUCUUUGUAAAUUCGCAUGAUCCAGCUGAGGGUACAUCAAAGGUGUAUGGUCCAAUUAAGGAACUGCUUUCAGAAGAAAACCCACCAAUCUAUCGAGACACUACCUUAAAAGAGUUUUUGUCAUAUUAUUAUGCAAAGGGCCUUGAUGGGAACUCUUCCUUGGGCCCCUUCAGGUUGUGAAUCGAACAAGGGAAUAUACUCUUCAUUCUCAUCGAUCGUAUCUGGAUAUAAUUUAUCCAAACAACAAGCCUCUACUUUUAUUGAGAAUGUUUAACAAUUUGUUUGUUAAAAAGACAUUACCGCCUAUAAGAAAUAUGAAACACUUACAUUAUUAUUUAUAUAUUUGUUACUAUA